GACGAAACUUCCGAAGAAGUGACCGUUACAAAAAAAGUAUUGCAUCACCGGUUAAUUCGAACCCACACCACAGCACGAAUAACCAAACCGCCUUGGACUGCGUAGCAGACUGAACCUGCGAGGCAGAUUCAUCAACCAGUCCUCGUCGGUCUUUCACGUACGUAGCACUGACGGUCAUUUCAGAGUGAUGUGCUUUACAUAACGACAUACGUACACGUUGAGAAAUUCAGAAACGAUAACGGUUCAGUGUUAUCUGUUGAAAACACAGAAUACUGAUGCGUUAAAAGAUAUUUUAACAUUCGGAGAAAAAGGACGAUAUCGCGAAUUUAAUCUAAUCUAAUCGCGUGUUGGAAUAUACGUAAUUAUAUCGGGAACCGGUUCUACCGAAUCAGUCGGCAUUCCGCGAUCGGUGCAGUUACAUGAUUUUUGUCGAGCAAUUUGUGAAUCGAAUGUAAACCGUUAUUCCGCCGAACAAUGCAUCUUACAUCUUGAAACAGUGAGCUUACAGGAAACUGCAGGUAACCGAAGGAUGAGAAGGUAAAAAGUUUCACGAGGAAGAAGUUAAUCGAUCGCGUGUUCGAUCAAUGUCAAUCGGAUCCUAUAAGAAGAAGAUAAAAUAUUGCCAGUGAAAAUGAGGCUGCUUUUAACGGUUCUUGCGGCGGUGCUGACAUUCGGUCAGUCGACGGAAGGUUUGCGAAUUCUUGGACUGUUUCCAUUAAACGGGAGAAGCCAUUGGAUAAUGGGGGAACGAUUGCUAACUAGUUUGGCCGAGCGAGGGCACACCGUGGACGUCGUCACGCAUUUCACCGUGAAAGAACCACCGGCGAAUUAUACAGAAAUAUCUUUGGAGGGAACUUUAGAAUCGGCGGUGAAUAAGUUGGAGUUGAGCCAUGUUGUCCAAUUCAACAACCAAAACUUCGAGCUGUUGACUCGGAUGGUAGGCGAUCAAAUCUGUAAAUUGAUGGAUUACCCGAAACUGAAGCAACUGAUUGACAACCCGCCCAAGGAUCCACCGUAUGAUUUGGUUAUUGUCGAGAUGUUCCUGGCGUCGUGUUACCUCGCUUUCGGCCGUCACUUGAACGUUCCCAUGGUCGGCGUAGUAACCGCCGGCAGCGACGAAUGGUUCACCGAGAAGUUGGGAAACCCGUUUAAUCCUUCUUUCGUGCCGUCUCUGUUCACCUCUUACGACCAAAAGAUGAACUUCUGGCAGAGGUUGAUGAAUACCUUUCUAACGAACAUGGUCGCGUUUCAACUAGACAGAUACGUCAAUCCACAGCAACAGUACGUGCAGAAAUAUUUCGGCAUAAAUGCCACGAUCACGGACCUCUACCACGACCUGGAUCUGCUUCUGGUCAACUCGCAUCAUAGUUUACUCGGAAUCAGACCGUUGACGAUGGGAAUCGUCGAAGUUGGUGGACUGCACGUUAAAGACGACGGGAAACCGCUACCAGCGGAUCUACAAAAAUGGUUGGACGAAAGCAAACACGGUUGCAUAUUGUUCACGUUCGGGUCGAUGGUGAGAAUCGAAACGUUCCCCGAGUCGCUUCUGAGAAGCGUCUACAAAGUCUUCGAAAAGAUAGCGCCAGUUCGUGUGCUAAUGAAGGUCGGGAAAAAGGAGGAGCUGCUCCCAGGAUUGCCAAAGAACGUGAUGACUAAGCCCUGGUUUCCUCAAGUAGCUGUGCUCAAGCAUAAGAAUACGAAAGCGUUCAUCACGCACGGUGGUCUGAUGGGACUGCAAGAAUCCGUCCAUUUUGGAGUGCCUUUGGUAGGGAUUCCACUUUACGGCGAUCAACAUGGUAAUCUCGAUUCCGCGUCUAAGAAACUGUUCGCGGUGAAUCUUCGCUCGUUCAAAGAAGUCAACGAGAAAACGCUGGGCGACGCGAUUAAUACGGUUUUGUAUAAUGAGACGUAUCGGGCAAAUAUAAAGAAAGUAUCGGAACUAUUCAAAGACAGACCCAUGAGCGCUGUAGACACGGCGAUUUAUUGGAUCGAAUACGUCGCACGGCACGGAAAAAUUUUGCAAUCACCUGCAAUUCAUCUUUCAUGGUGGCAAGUGCACCUUUUCGACGUUUAUGGUUUCAUGCUUGCCUGUAUAGUGUUAAUACUGUACGUGUUCGUUCUUCUGGUGCGAAAAUUGAAAAGAAAAUUACUGGACUCAUCUUGCGACCAUAAAAGUAAAAAAUCUUCUAAUUCGAAGAAGAACAAAUAAAGUGAAAAGUGUACAUAUAGGUUAAAUACCACCGUCGAGGAACUUCCCAAGAAAAUUUCGUUCAAUAUUUGUUCUCGUUUCUAUUGUAUUAACUCGCGAAUGAUUUUGCUAGAAUGUAGUGACAUAAAUUAUGCGGAAGACGAAUUGAACAGAAUAUUUUCUGCGUGGUUGUUUUUUCACAGCGACUUUCAAUAAACUUUCUUAAUAAAAGAAAUCCUCAUUGUUUUCGCAGUCCUUUGAUAGAACACCGAAAGGAACGAAGUCCAUUACUUUUCCAACUUUUACAUUUUUCUUUUCCCAACUUCUGUUUUAUGAAGUCGUAACGCUCUGAUGCGAAUUGUUAUAAGGUGAAAGACGUUUUGUUAAAAUAAAAGUUGCAAAGAUUUCGAAG